CUCAGCGUUCUAGGACAUCUCGUACAGUGUUUCACCGCGUGCUAAAAUGACCGACAACGACGGCAUGAUCUCUCAAGACGCUCCUGAGUUAUGCGAAAUGAGAUCGAUCGCGUUGAAUAGUGCGUCAGGAGACGCAGAAAGUCAACAGAGUCAGAGGUCUCUAAUCGGCGGACUGUACAACUGUUUCCAGCCCUUCUUUGCCUUUCUGUACCGUUCGUCUAAAGGCGAAAUGGAAGACGAUGAUUGGAAUAUCAAGUUCGAGGACAUCAAGGAACUGAAAUGGUUGGGAAGUGGCUCGCAAGGCGUCGUAUUCCUCGGUGUCUACAAAGGACAAGAGGUCGCCGUCAAGAAAGUUCGUCAUGAGAAGGAGACGGAUAUUCGACAUUUGCGCAAGCUACAGCAUCCUAAUAUCGUCGCAUUUACGGGAGUGUGCACACAGUCUCCUUGUUAUUGUGUUGUAAUGGAGUAUUGCUCAGAAGGCCAGCUGUAUGAUGCUUUGCGAUCAGACAGAGAACUACCUCCAACGGUUGUUAAUGAUUGGGCUAGGCAAAUAGCUCAUGGGAUGCAUUAUCUUCAUACUAAGAAGAUCAUCCAUCGUGAUCUCAAAUCACCAAAUGUUCUUAUUGCUGCUGGUGAUGUUCUGAAGAUCUCUGACUUUGGCACAGCUCGAGAGCUGGGGGAGAAGAGUACCAGAAUGACAUUUGCUGGUACUGUGAGUUGGAUGGCUCCAGAAGUGAUACGUAAUGAACUCUGCUCAGAGAAGGUGGACAUUUGGUCAUUUGGUGUUUUACUGUGGGAGCUGUUGACAUGUGAAGUGCCCUACAAAGGUGUGGAGUCUUCUGCCAUCAUAUGGGGCGUCGGUAGUGAAAGCCUUCAUUUGCCUGUUCCAUCAACUUGUCCGGAAGGAUUGCAAAUUUUACUCAGACAGUGUUGGCAACGAAAGGCAAAGAAUCGUCCAACUUCACGACAAAUUAUUAUGCAUCUUGAAAUUGCUGCUGAAAAUUUUCUUUCUAUUCCGGAAGAUUCAUACUUCAAGUCUCAGGUGUCAUGGCGUGAAGAGAUCAGAGCACAGUUUGUAAAAAUGAAGGCAGAUGGGACACACUUACAGAGGCUUGAUGAAGAGUUGGUUAGAAGAAGAGAGGAGGAACUUAGGCAAGUGCAAGAUGUCCGUGCAUUGUAUGAGAAGAAGCUAAGCACCACUACCAAAUUGUAUGAUGAAUUGACUCUUUGCAUGGAACAGCUAGAAUCGAAGCAAAGGGAAUUGGACACACGAGAGAAACGACUACAAUUUUCAGAGAGUUCAUCUCGCACUAAACGGAGAGGGACAAAGUCAGGGAAAGGAAUGAGAAGAGCAGCUAAACAGGCUGGACAAUGUCCUGAUAGUCCUCCUGUUGUCAGCUGCCUUUCUGUAUUGGAUGCCAGAGAGGCUGUGGAAUCAAAUUGUGGCCAGACAUCUCGGCAAUCAAAGCUGCUUUGUCAGCAGCUGUCUACAAAUUCCAGCUUGUCAUCUUCACUUGGUGGGGCUUCACCUGUUCGUCGCUGUUCUUGUGGAAACAAUAGCAGUUCCCGUUGCUUUGUUUGUAUCGCGAAGCGUCGACACUCAGAGAUAUCAGAGAUGGAGGAAACCCACCGUUCAGUCAUGCACAGCUCUUCACAUCAUGCCUUUCCCAUUGAGCAAGAACCAGGACUGACAAGUACCUGCAACUCACAUUUGGUCAGAAGCAACAGUCACCAAAGUGCAAUAGCUGAUCGUGCGUGUGAUGUAUUACCAUUUCCUGGGCAUGCUCAGUUGGUAACAGCUCAAGUUCAUAAUGAAAUUCAAAUAGCUGGGCAGAAUAGUGUGUUGAAAAGAGGAUCUAUUGAACAGACUGAUGGUAAUGAUUCAAGUUACUCUACUGAUCCUGCAGUGUCUCGUGCAUUUGAGCCCCAUAGCAGCAGUGAUGGUAAUGAGGUUGAUGACGAGGAUUAUGAUGAGGAAGAUGAAGACGAAGAGAAUGAAGAUGAGCUGGUCGUACGUUCUGCUCCAGUUUCGGUUCUUCCAGAGAGGUCUUUAGCUUGGGAGGUUGAGAUGAAAGUCAAGGCAAUGACGUUUCAUGGAGUAUGGAAUGGUGAACAUGAUAGUGGAUUCCAGACGCCCAUCAGUCUUGAUGAAAACCUGGCAUGAGACGACUGAUCGUUAUCGAUGACAUUUGUUCAAUGAGGAGUUGCAUGAAAACUGAUUGUUCAUUCAUAGAAUUAUCACACGUGUUGGUUAACUUAUUAAUGAGCCGGUUUGAGUUGUAUUUAUAGACUAAACUUCAGAGCACUGUAUCAUAUCACUAACUGCUGAUAUCAAUUUAUACUAUGCAGUAUGUAUGUACAUAAGAUUUAGAUGUGCCAAUUGCUUGAUUUGUAUAAUUGGUAACAAAGACAGUUUUUCUGACAAUGAUUUUGUGAGCGUCAAUAUUUAAUGCGCUCUAUUGAGUAAUCCAACUUUUGAAGUAGCUUUCA